AUGGCGUCCGCGUCCGUCGCGCCGCCGCCGCGACGCUUCUUCCACUCUCCGACGCCGCGGCGGCGGCGUCCGCGCGCCGGCGGAGGCGCGCGCGCGUCGACCCGCGCGCCGCCGUCGUCGUCGUCGUCGUCGUCGUCGUCGGGGUUCGUCCACCUGGUCGGCGCGGGCCCGGGCGGGAUGGACGACAUGACGACGCGAGCGCUCAGGCUCGUGCGGGAGUGCGACGUCCUCGUGUACGACGACCUCGGCGCGAGCGAGCGCGACGUCCUCGCGGAAGCUCGCGCGGACGCGGAGCGGAUAUACGUCGGAAAGCGCGGCGGCAGACGGAGCUCGUGGAAGCAGCCGGACAUCGACGCGCUGCUCGUGGACAAGUGCGUCGCGGGGAAGCGCGUCGUGCGACUGAAGGGCGGGUGUCCGUCCACGUUCUCGAGGGUUCACUCCGAGCGCGCGGCGCUGAGGAAACGCGGCUGCGCGCACGAGCUCGUCCCCGGGGUGUCCUCCGCGCUCGCGGCGCCGCUCAGCGCGGGGAUCCCGCUCACGCACGUCGAUCACGGGAAGCACUACGUCGUGUGCAGCGCGCACGACCCGGAUGGCAUCGAUUUUCACGCGUUUAACGGCAUAGACACGUGCGUUUUUUUGAUGGUCGGGAAGAGUCUGCCGGUCGUGUGCGAACGCCUGGCGCGAGACGCGGGGAAGCGGUCAGACGCGCCGGCGGCGGUGAUAAAAAACGGCCGGACGCGCGAGGAGGAAGUGUUCAGAGGGACGCUGGGGACGAUGGCGGAGGUCACGGCGGGGAGGAAUCUGUCACCGUGCGUGCUCGUCGUCGGGGAGGUCGCGCGGGAGGAGGAGGAGGAGGAGGAGGAGGAGGAGGAGGAGUGA